AUGAUGCCACCUCAUCUCUUACGCUUCGGCCUUUGGGCCUUACAUACGACCGCCUUAGUAUCAGCUGCGCCGUCUUUUCCACUGCGCCGAUCGCCGGCAGAUUAUGCAGUAUCCGUGCCACUCGACCUGUCGGCCGUGCUUAACAACAAGGCCUUUGGCACGUAUGCGGGAGAGGCUGCCUUCGACCCACUCAACCAAUCAUUCCCGGCGCCCAACUUCGACACCACGGACUUCGUCUCCCCCGACACCGGGAUCGCCUACUCGUUUCCUGGCUACACUGGCCCAGGAGUGGCAGAUAACCUCAUAUGUGCCAGGCAAACCAUUUCUGUUGUGCCUAGCCGCUACUUUUCGGUCUCCUUCCUCGUUGCUGCCGACGUCGAGUCUACCACCGUCACCGACAACGUCACCUUUACGUUUUCUGACAACAGCACGACGCAAUACCAGCUGCGCAGUCUGAACUACUACAAUUUCCUCGCCAUCAACCGCGGUGUCAUCAUCUUCCCAAGCCGUUUCACCAGCAACAGCACAAACUACAACACGAGCCAUAUCUUUGAGCGCACCGCAGCACUACCAAGCCACAAAGAGCUGACCUCCAUCACUCUGCCAUCCACAACCAACACCACUUCCGGCCGCCUGCACAUCUUUGCCGUCUCUCUACUGAAGGCCAGCGGCGUGGUCGUGCAGGAUGUGCGACCGACACAGAAGUGGCUCGCGUCUGGCAGCCAAAUCGUAGAAGUCACAGUCGUCAAUGGCGGCGAUGCGUGUGUGGCCGGUGGCGGUCUGACCGCGGCCAUCAAGGCCGCCGGCUUUACAACAGUCGAGAGCGGCCAUGUCAAGCGGCUCUGUCCUGGUGAUCAGAAGACGGUACAAGUUGGCGUGGGCCAACAGAAAGAACGCCUCAGCAGCGGUCCGGCCACCUGCAACAUAGAGGUCAGUCUUAUCAACAACGACAAUGGUCGGUCAGAGACACAGACAUUUCCUGGUGUCGAGUUCGGCCUUCUGCCAGCUUGGACAGAGGACCUGUCAACGCUGGCGAAGCACGAAAGUCCUGACUGGUUUAAUGAUGCCAAGUUUGGCAUAUUCAUCCACUGGGGUCCGUACUCGGUGACUGGCUGGGGCAACAGUUCUCCCUACGAGAGCUACGCCGAGUGGUUCUGGUGGUACUCUACCCAUCAUCCACAGGCAGAUCGGUCAGACUUCUACGACUACCGCCUGCGCACCUUUGGCUCCGAGUGGGUGUACGACGACACCUUCUCUAAUUUCACCGCCGCCAAGUUCGACGCCAAGGCUUGGGUCGAUCUCUUUGCCGGGGCAGGCGCCAAGUACUUUGUGCUGACGACGAAGCAUCACGACGGCUUCGCACUCUUCGAUACGGCCACGACCUCGAAUCGCUCCUCCUUGCACUAUGGCCCUAAGCGCGAUCUUCUGCUCGAGCUGUUCGACGCGGCCGAGAAGUACCAGCCAGAGCUCAAGCGGGGGACGUAUUUCUCGCUGCCGGAGUGGUUCAACCCCGACUUUGGUCCCUACGGCUUCGACCAGUUCUCGACCGCCUCCACAGUCUCCUGGCCUGGAAUCGAGGCCAAGAAUCCAUACACCAACAAGACCGAGCCAUACACGGGCCAUGUGCCCAUUGGUGACUUCAUAUCAGAUCUCAUGGUGCCACAGAUGAGCCUUCUCGCGUACAACUACAACACAGACCUCAUGUGGUGCGAUUGUGGAGCGGCGAACGGAACAGCAGGUUUUGCUGCCGACUGGUGGAACCACGCGCGCACACAAAACCGACAGGUGGCCAUCAACUCCCGUUGUGGGCUCGCAGAGACGUCUGAUUUCGACACGCCCGAGUAUCAGACCUUUUCGGUGGCACAGCGCACCAAAUGGGAGAGCAACCAGGGAAUAGACCCCUACAGCUACGGCUACAACCGUGCCACAGCACCGGCUGCAUAUAUGACGGCGAGCAAAAUCGUCUACACGCUCGUCGAUAUGGUAUCGAAGAAUGGCAACCUCCUGUUGGACAUCGGCCCAAAGCCUGACGGAACCAUUGACGACACUGAAGUGGCACAUCUGCUAGACGCCGGAAACUGGAUUCACGCACAUGCUGAGGCCAUUUACAACACUACCUACUGGUUUGUCCAGAGUGAACUCCUGUCGGGUCCAGAUGUGCGGUUCACACAGACGAACGACGCAUUCUUCAUAUUGUUCCUGGAAACCCCUGUUCCCGAUUUUGAUGGGUUUGUGUCUAUAGAGGCACCUAUUCCUAUACUCGAGGGCGAUGUCAUCACCCUUCUAGGUGUGUCUGAUACGGCUCUUCAAUGGACGUAUGCUUCGACGUCGGCUGCAGGGAGUACGUUGCGCAUAUCCGUCUCGAACGAUGUGCUAGCCAUGGAAACGUAUUGCUGGGUUUUCAAGGUGUUAUAUUCAUAG